GUCCAGAUCACUUUUAAGAUCGUCGGAGGAAGCUGAGGGCGUCGUUGAAGCCUACCAAAAGCUUAAAUUCGCAAGAGACCGAUUAUGGUUCACACGAUUGUCGUAAUAAAUUUUGUAGCAAGACAAUGAAAGGAGUACUUCAAAAGGUUGCUUCCUGCGACGGAGGUUCGAGCUCGAAAAGUCCCUUUGAGUUCACAGACGCCGCCGUUGACGACGGAGAACAUGAAAAUUUCGAUGGGUGGGUGUUAGAAAAAAUAAAUUUCGAUGUGGGGAAUCAUAAGGAAGAAGAAGAAGAAUACCACAAAGACACAAGGACUCUACCGGAUGUGUCGAACGGUUGGAUUUCGGUGAUCGGACGGCGACGAGUGAUGGAGGACGCAGUGGCGGUGGUGGAAAUCGACUCAUCCUAUCAUUUCUUCGGUGUUUACGACGGUCACGGCGGGUCUGAUGUGGCGAAUGCCUGCCGGGACCAGCUCCAUCACAGGGUGGAGGCGAGGAUUCGCGGGUACGAUGGUGGAACAGUGGAUUGGAGUAAGGUGAUGAGUUAUUGCUUUCUGAAGAUGGACGAGGAGGUCGGAAGCAUCUGCGACGGCGGGAGCGGCGGCGUUGAGAUCAUACACGACGUUGGCCGAGCCAUGUGUCUUAAAACGAUGGGGUCCACGGCGAUGGUUGUUCUGGUCGGGAAAGAGGCUAUUGUGGUGGCCAAUUGCGGCGAUUCCAGGACUGUGCUGUGUCGUACUGACAGUGUUGCCGUGCCUCUAUCACGUGACCACAAGCCUGAUGUGCCGGACGAGAGGGAGAGAGUGGAAGCAGCAGGAGGAAGAGUCAUAAACUGGGAUGGUUACCGUGUUCUUGGAAUACUUGACACUUCAAGAUCAAUUGGAGAUCAUUAUUUGAAGCCUCUAGUGAUCUCUGAACCAGAGGUGAGUGUGUAUGAGCGGAAUGAUUCAGAUGCAUUCCUUGUGAUAGCAAGCGAUGGUCUCUGGGAUUUCAUGUCAAACGACUUUGCUUGUGAGGUUGUUCUAAGUUGUCUUGAUGGCCAAAUCGGGACAAUGUUUUCUAACGAUGGCUUUGCCGGAAACACUGCCUCUGAGGCAGCUGCUUUGCUGGCCGAGCUCGCCAUGGCCCGAGGAAGCAAAGACAAUAUCAGUGUCAUAGUUGUCGAUCUCAAGAAGCAGAUUUGCUAAUAUUUGCUUCUUUUGUUUUUUUGUUUUUUGUUUUGUUUAUUAUGUUUAAGUCUUUCUUUUUCUUUUUUAAAUGAGUUUUCUCAUGCGUUAAUGGUUGUUGUUGUUGUACUACACACCUUAAGAGAGUUCAUCAAGUUAUGGUGUUUCAAUUCAA